GAUCGGCGGGAUGAUCCGCCACCGCUCGAUCGAUUAUGUCGUGAAUGUCAUGUUCAAAGCUUCGCCAGCUCCCCCUCAGGCAGACACGAUGCCGCCGCAGUCAUUGGCCAACGACUAUCAUUAUAUCCGAUUAUCAGUAAAUCCACCAAGUACGGAGGCUCUGAGUCUCCGGAAAGCCAUGCAAGAUGCCCUAUCCCAAUCAUUCGGACUAAUUUCCGCAAACACGUACAUUGACGUCUUGUGGCUUUCGGACGACGGGUCGCAAAUGGUCGUUCGAGUGAGCAAUAGCGAGGCACGCAAAGUUAUGGCCGCCGUUGCAACCUUCACUGGAUCUCCUGCUCUAUCGGUGGUCAAGGAGUCGUCGUUUUUGCCUUCGCUCCUUUCCUCCAAACCAUAUCCUUAGUUAUGCCAAGGAACGGUUAGCAUUAUUAUUGUACGUUAUCCACCAAUUUACGACAAAUCGAGGCCCUCCCUUAGAGAACCGAUGUAAACACGCAGCAAGCACCGCAAUACUUGCAUGGAAGCUGCUAUCGUGCUCCGAUAAUCCGACUUGUUACAGAUUCGGCAGGCUUUCCCGCACUAUGCUGCAUGCUGGCUCCUGACCCGUAUAUGACAGCUUGCAAUAUGAGUUGAAAUUGAGAUGCUGUAUGAAUAUGGGACUGUAACGUGGAACCCACGCGCACCGGAGAGGGACGUUGUGACCACCGAGGCAUCAAAUACAUUCAUUUGCUUUGCCGCUGCUAUUCGUCUCCGUACAACUGCCAAAAGACCAGGCAAGAAGGUUUUAUGAUACAACAUUGCUACAUGUCCG